CCUAGACGCAACCUAGUUGCUAAGGCAUGUCUGUCUCUUAGCUGCUAGGAACGAAGACCUUCUGGUGGUCCGUUCUCCGAGUCGCUAUCUUGCAGCUUCGGCUCCUUGGUAGCGCUGUUUCCCGGCUGUUGGCUUCGCUCCUCAAGUUGCGUGCAAGCCUCUUCUGGUUAACUACAAGUACCAGAAUCCAGGAUGGAUAAGAUUUUCGGUCCCGCGUAUACCGGUGAUCCCGGCGUGCCUCACACCGAUAAGGACAUUUUCUCCGGCAUUUUCUGGGGAGCCGUCGGUUUCUCGCUCUACUCGGUAGCCGAUCCAUACUACUGGCAGCACACAACGGAGCACAACUGGCAUGACAUGGCGUACAUUCACGAGAACCACCAGUUCAAGAAGGCUUGCAGACAGAGGAAGCCGUAUGAGCCUCAGUGGAACAAAAUGAUGCCUAAGGAAGUGAGGGAAUCGUACUACAACAAUUGGCGUGACUAUUUUCCUUAGCAGGCCGUUGUAUCAUUGGCACUGU